CCUCAUACCCCCCUUUCACCCCGGACGCAGCGCCCGAUGCUUUUUCUCCGACGCUCAAACGCCACGCCGAACACGACCCAACAUUGCUUGUCUCCAUAAGUAUCAGCCUCUCCGCACCUGCAUUGACUUGUCUGAACUUCGCAAAACCCCAUCGGAGAGCCUUGAGGGGCGUCUUCUCCCACAGUCAAGCCUGAGAUGGACGGUCCUCCUCCGCCACCGCCGCCCCAUGGCACGAACCCGAAAUCAACCGCAGGUGGAGGCCUGCCCGCUGGCAACUACGAUAUCUUCAUCAUCCCCCCGCACUCAGCAGGCGGCGGCUUUCUGUACCUGCCCUCGUUGCAGGUCCAGCGGAACAGCUUCAUCGCCGGGGUUGCUAGCACCCUCGCCAGCAUAGCAGUAUGGAAGUUGAUAGAGCCCACAGUCAAGCAGUGGUUUAUCAUAGUCACCGCGAGUAUGUCGACAGGCAGCAAUGGCGUCGUGCUACUCGUUGCCGUGGUCGGACUAGCGGGAUGGGCCUAUGGGAAAGCACAACAGCCGGGAGGGUUCGGUGGCAUGGGUGGAGGACCUGGAAGUGGCCCACAAGGUGGGGCUGGGGGUUCUGCAUCGGGAUCUGGAUAUCAGCGGGCUCAGUCCCCCCCCAAUGGCGGCUUCCCAGGAGCCGGCGGCCCCCCUCCUCAAAGCAGUCAAGGAGGGACCUGGGGCGCACCUCCCAACCCACAUCAACAUCAGCAACACAGAGCUCCACCUUCACCGCCCCACGAACAUGAACCUCCACCACAGUCCUCGUGGUCCGGCUCUCAGCCCGAUCCUCAUGCUAAGGCAGACUGGGAGAAGGCCCGCGAAGAGACUCGCAAGCGGGACGAGGAGCAGAAACGAGCUGAGGAGGCGCAACGGAGGAGGGAGGAAGAGCAAAAGAAGAAGGAGGAGGCCGAACGGCAAGCUCGAGCGAAGGCAGAGAAAGAGAAAUGGGAGAAGAUGCGGGCACGGGAACGCGAGCAGCGAGAACGAGAAGCCCGCGAGCGCAUCGCCAAGGAGAGGCUGCAGCGGGAGAGGGAACAGCGAGAGAAAGAGGCCCGCGAACGCGAACAGAGAGAAGCCGAGGCUCGAGCCCGCAUCGAGAAGGAGAUACGGGAGAAGCUGGAAGCAGAGCAGAGAGCUAAGGCGGCCGAAGAGGCUCAGAAACGGGCGGCCGAGGAGAAGGCGGUGGCCGAGGCCAAAGCCGCCCUGGAGAGAGAGGCAGCGCAGGCCAAGGCCGCCAAGGAGAAGGCCGACGCGGAAAGACUGGAGCGUCUGAAGGCUGCGCGGGAGCGCGCCCAACGUGAUCGCGAAGCCCGCCUCAAGGCCGAGGCCGAGAAGCUUGCUGCCGCUGAGAAACUCGCCGCUGCUGCCGCCGCUGCUAACGGCCGUCGCUCGACAACAUAUGGGGGGGUCGGCGGAGGUGAACGAACUGAUCCAUAUGCCGGCGUCAGAAGCCCACCAGCUCCCUCGGUAACUUCGACACACUCUUCUCCAGUCAAGGCCACUGUCUCGGCAACGAGUUCUCCGAAGAAAAAGUACGAGAAGCCGAGCGCGAAGUCUUACCUUGGAACCGAGGACGCCCACUCGUUCCGACCAUACGAUGCUCCCAAACGACCCCCACAGCCCCCGUCUCACUCGUCGGCCUAUUCAGAGUCAUCGUACGCACCGUCCCAGAGCACUACAAGAACAACACCCCCUCCGUCCCAGCGUGGUCCUUAUUCCACCAACGACCCCGACAAGAUCCAGAUCAAGGCCGUCUUUCUUUUCAAUGACUUGUUUCCGAAGCCGGUGGCCCAGCUUGUUGCAGGUAUCGGAAACGUUACAGAUGGACUUAUCCUCAAGGUCACGACCGAGGGUCUCUUCAUCGAUGACGACGUCCGCGGUGUUGCGCAGCGCGAAUGGGAUAUCAAGGCUUGGACACUCAAGCUCGUUGAGACGGGAGAGCGGAACCAGAGACACGUCCUCCGCGCCUCGAUCCGCGACCCCGACGGCAAGAAAUACGUCUUCAUCAUCGAUGACAGCGAGAGCUGGAAAGUGGCUCUGGGGCUCCAGAGACUGCGGCGAGGAUCUCAGGUCCGGAGUAUGGGUGUCAAUCAGAUUGCAGCAGGUGAGAUGGCAAGACUGUUGAAUACAAUUCCGCCGCUUGCUUAAAGAAGGAUGGACACAGUCGGUCGAGGGAGAGAAGGUUGUACAGUCUGCAUUUGUUGUAGAAGUGGUGGGUCUGGAAUGCUGCAUUACCCCAUGCUCUGUCCUCUUCUGGAUAAGCCGGGGCAGCAUUCUAGAAGUGCAUCCCCUGCUUGCGUUGCGUGUGUCAUAGUUCGUAGUGCGAAAG